ACUGCUCCAAGGUUGGUUGUACGCCCGCUACCUACGUUGUUUGUAUCCGUAUUACCGUGUUCUAUGAGACGAAAUCGAUAUGUUAGUGUUACACGAAGGAAUAAAGAAGCAACCCAAGUGCCGGGUCGAGCUGCAUGCUCACCUGGAGGGCUCCAUUCGUCCUGAGACUGCAUGGGACCUGAUCAAGCAGAAAGGGCUGCCGCUGCCUGGCGACGGUUCACUUAGAGCCCUGCAAGACGCCAUUACAGUUAAGGAGCCCACGAACUUGGUUUGCUUCCUCCAACCAUUCUCCGUGUUCCUGCCUGCCUUCAUCGGAGACUUGACGGCAAUCCGCCGCGUUGCUCGAGAGUUCGUCGAGGACUGCAGCCGCGAGCUCGUGGCGUACUGCGAGGCCCGCUUGUGUCCACAGAAGCUGAUGCCCCAGACGGAGGGUGAUCCGUCUUCUUGGGCUGAUGCUGACCGUGCAAAUGAUGCCGAUAUUAAUGGGUCUCAAGGUUGUGCCGUGACGGUCGAAGAGUUGGUUGAAGCAGCGCUGGCUGGGUUGGCUGAGGGUGAAAAGCUUUGUCCGGGCACUAAAGUUCGUCUCAUCCUCUUCUGUAUACGCGGCCAGCCAUACUGGGCUGAGAAACUACUGCAGCUGUGCGAGCAGUUCAAGGACAUGGGAGUGGUCGGUCUGGACAUCGCCAGCAACCCCGGGUUAUUGAACGAUAACGACACACACAGCGAGGGCGCGGAGGUGUUCCAGGAGGCCGCCCGUCGCGGCGUCCACCGCACCGUCCACGCCGGCGAGGACGCCCCUGCCGCCUCCGUCAGAGCUGUGAGUCGCGCAGCUCCACCCCGUACUCAGGUGACAGCAGCAUCCCUGCAGCUCACUUCUAAACGCCACCCCGUACUCAGGUUCAUCGAGGACGACGUGAGCUUCAGCAUCAACAGGGACAACUCGUUGCUGACGGCGACGUCUCUGAGCGACGAGUACAAACUCCUCGCGUCCUGGGGCUGCUCGGAAGCCGUCUUCGCCCGCGCCAAUUUCAACGCGGCCCUGCACAGCUUCUUGCCACCUGCAGAGAAGCGGGAGCUGCUGCGUCAGUUGCGCGACGCGUACGGCGUGCCUGACGUCGACGUCAGAAUCUCAGACGGCGAUUCUGGCAAGACAGCGAGUUCUGAAAAGCCUUGUAUCACUGUCAAUACCUGGGAAAACAGAACUUGAGGGAUCACUUGUCUUACUUUGCUGUACUGAGCAUUAUCACUGCGAGCUUUGCUUGCCCUGUUGCAUUAUCAGCAACGGCAAAAUAUUCACCAAAUCAUAUUUUUUAUAUAAUAAACGUAUGGUCCAUAUUUUUGUUAGUGCGAGAUGUCUAGUCUGCAAUCGACUAAUCCCAGAACGACCAACUUGCUUUUUUAAGACAAGAGGAAUGUACAGAUAAGCUUUGUUACUGAUUUUAGAUACAAUCGGUUGAUAAUUAACAAUCUCAAACAAUCUCAGUUAAUAAGUGAUCAUGUUCCAAAUGAGCAACAAAUGGUUAGACAAGAGUCAACGAAAUAUUCAUGCAUUCUUCUAUACUGAGUUCCGAUAUGAGCUGAAAAUGUUUUCCUGAGCCCAGAUCUCCGCCUAAAGUUGAUGAUCCACGUGUGAAUUUUAUUUGUUAACGACGCACCUGGAUGUGAUGCCAUCUCUUGAUAGCAAAGGUUUCGUAGUCCGCCGAUAGUGACGCAUGGGUCGUCGGUAGUGACUUAUUCCAUGACGUAGUUCCUACUUCUAAUUAUGUUUUUACUUUAUGUUAGUUACAAUAGAUCUUAACUUAGUAUGUUAUACCAAUUUUGUGCCCAUUUUGAAAUGUUUAUUCGCUUAUCGGUAGUCGUUUGAAUUUAUAAUUCGCAAUUACCAAUUCGUUCCGCUUUCUGGACGUUCAUUAGAAUAAAGAUUAUUUUUGGUUUCUUUAAACUGAAAGAAAGCUUAGAAUUUAUACACUUAGAAAUCUUAGGCUGUGAAAUUGGCCAAAUUUUAAGCUCAAGUGUUAAAUUUUUCCUCUCCUCAAAUUGUUCAGUUUUUCUCAAUUUUUUCGAGUUUGUGCGCUGAAAAUUAUUCUGUAGACCAUGUAUCAAACUUAUCUCUCCCACUUAUUUUUACUUAGUACCUUUUUAAGACUGAAACUGCAGUGAUAUAAGAAUUUUAAUAUGAAUGAGAUGAACUAACGUGUCCUCGAACGAUCGUAAAGAUCUUAAUAUUUUUUCUGAUGCCUUGCUCGAAUGUGUCGGGGUUUACGUUCCAUUUAUCCACUUUCUUCCAGCUCGAGGCAUGUUAGUUGGCUACGUGACUGGUUCAAUAAACGAUUGUAUGCUAUGCUAUGUUUUGGACGGGCUGAUAAGUUCUUUUUCUGCCAUAUGAUAAUUUUUUUGUAUUUAUUUUUGAAAGAAAUAUAAUAAAUAACAA